AUGGCGCGCAUUCGUACAAGUCGUCGUGGGAAGACUGCGGCCGUCGCUGCGGUCGCACGGGAGAUCGACUUCGGGCAUUUCUGGCGCCAGCUCCGCGCCGUAGACUGGACCGCGAAACGUCCAAGAGGGAUUCAAAAGGACUGGAGCUACUCCGGACUAUUAGGCAGCAGCACGAAUGACGACAACGAAAGCAAGAGCGAAAAAGGCACCGCUGCUGACGUCGACGGCCAAGGGGAUGAAGAUAUCCGUGCGUCGCAGAUCGACACGACUGCCCAGCUCUCUCAGCACACUCUGGACGCGUUGUUUGAAGCCCCCAGUCAGCCAAACGUUGAGCUCUCCCAGACCGCUGUGUCCCGGGCAUUUGAUUUGUCCCCGAGUACGCUGUUGUCGGAUGACAUAGAGCAAGUUGCGGCUACAGGAGAUCGGCGAGCGGGCGUAACGAGUGAGCAAGAGGCAAGGCAGGCCCCAGCACAAUCAGCAGGGCGAGUGUUACGACCCCGCGUCCAAGUGAAGCAGGACAUCAACAUCGUUCCUGAAGACGAGCGUAUGAGUGACUAUGAGAGCUUUAGCACCGAAGAGAGUGAGGGAGAAGACGCCAUUGAUGAUGACGAUGACUGCAGUGCUGCUAGUGACGACGAGGAGACUAUGUCUGAAGACGACGCUGUACAGUUGGAUGAAGCGUUUAUCGCAUCGCUUCUAAUUGGUAAUAACUCUCUUACCAAAAAAGAAGCUGAGCAGCGAGCAGCGGCACAACGUGCCAAGAAGUGGACUUCUGCGUCGUCGGCGUUCGAGGAUGGCGUGACCCCCUACCCAGGCUUGCAGAUGGAAGAAGCCCGUCCCGUUGCUGAGCUGCGUGUUCUUUGCCACUCGCCCCUACUUACAUUCUUCUACUUCAUGCCGAAGUCGUUGCGAGUCACGAUAACCGAGGAGACGAACGAGUACAACAAGCAGCAACUGGACCAGCGCGCUGAAGCUAUUCUAGCUAAGCAAGAUUCGUCGGCGCUUAAAGUCAAGUCCGCUGUAUGA